CAGUCUUUUUCCCUUUUCAUUUUGCGCCCUCAUCUUCCAGAACAGCUUGUUCCGAGCAGACAUACAAAGCGACAGGUUUUUCAUCCACAUGUCUAUGCAGUGCAGUAUUUAUUUAUAUAAUUGUCGUUAUAUAACAGCAUAGGAGUAAAGACAUUACAUUUGACUGAAAACCACUUGACGUUUACGGAAACCACCAAGCUCCCACAGUUCCAGACCAACAUCACCAUCAGACCACCAAGCCGCUGUACCAUGUUGUCACUCUAGGCCUGUCUGCGCAGCUGUGACCCAGCCCAGGCCGUGGCUAUCUAUCAUGGAGCUCCACACCUCCACUGGGACACACAAGGAAAUGGCUGAUUCAGACCCAUCGUCCCCUUCUGAUCCCCAACUGCCACUGAGCUCUCCCCGCACCCCUCUCUCCUUGUCCUUCCCCUUCUUCAGGGAGGGAAGUCGAGUCUGGGAGAGGGAUAGGAAACCCCCCUUGAUGCCAGGCGAGCUGCCCAGCCCUUUACCCACCAAACGCACCCGCACAUACUCAGCUACGGUGCGAGCCAGAUCAGGUCCAGUGUAUAAGGGUGUGUGUAGGACCUUCUACAGAUCCCAAGGUCAUGGCUUUAUAAAGCCCUCUAAUGGUGGAGAGGACAUAUUUGUACAUAUCUCUGAUAUUGAUGGAGAAUAUGUGCCAAUGGAAGGUGAUGAAGUCACAUACAAAGUCUGUCCCAUCCCCCCCAAGAACCAGAAGAUCCAGGCUGUAGAUGUGGUUAUCACCCACCUGGCUCCAGGAACCAAGCACGAGACCUGGUCUGGAAAGAUCAUCAGCUCCUAGAUCAGCUGCACCAGGACAGAGUCAAUGUGGGGAAGAGUGUGAAGUUGGGGUGGGUAAUAAUAGCAGCAUGGAGAAACGAAAGUGGUGAAAGGACCUGGGAGAGAUCCAAGGGUCUCUAGGGUAAGGAGAAAAGUUGAGGAAUUAAGGAGCCUGGGGAGGUAACAUGGGGAGGAAGAAGUGGUUAAAUGGGCACAUGGAGCAGUGGAUGGAGUGAAAAAGCAUUGAACCUGUGGGGUUGGAAUGUGGUACAAUACUUUAGGGGACGGUUUCUUGUACACAGAUUAAAACUAGUUCUGGACUGAAAUUCCCAUGGAGAUUUUCCAUUGAGCUUGAUGUCUUCACCAGGGCUAGCCUUAUUUUGUGACUUGGAAAAAUAUGGGAAGAUGGCAUUUAUUAGAUUUUAGUUGUAUUUUAAACAUUUAUUUAAGAUAGUGGGAAUUGGAUACAUUUAAAGGAACGAAUCACCAGAAAAAUGUAUUUUGAUAUUUGUUUAAUUAGUCCACUGACCAAAUGUUUUGGAUGGCUUCAAUCACAUUUAAAAUAUAUACUUUUAAGUACAGAAAAACAGACGAUAUGAUGCAUUUUGCCAGUUUAUGCACCAUAACAGAUGUAUUUCUGUAUUUUGAAAGUACAAUAAUUUUGAAAGUCUGGUUACUGACAUGCCAGAAAUGUUGGGGUUAUAUCAACUGUGGAAUAAUUAAACAAAUACUAAUUUGAGGUGAAUCUUUAAUGAAAAUCAUUUUAUAUAGGGAAAACUGUGAAGAAAUGAGCAAUUCAAUUAAAUUAUUCCUACUGUACCUUUUAAUUUAUUUAUUGACCUGUUUCAUUCAUUAUGGAAGUGAAGUUAUUUUAUAUGCCUGGUCUAACCUAUUUCAUAACCCACUCUGAUGAUACUGCCCAGAUGAAGCCCGCUCCUUCAGUCUUAUGUUGAUCAACAGUUAUUAUACGUCUUUGUAGCAGAAUUUUACUAUACAAAGCUUAACCUUUUUUUUAAUCAGUAAAAUAUAAAAAAAAAUAACAUGUUAAUAUUGUUUAAGAAAUGUACACACUCUUGUCAAUACUAAAUAGUCUCAUUAUACAGUAGCAUUAGGUUUCUAUGCAUCAAUACCAUGAUUUUAUUUUUGUUAUGAUUAGAGCUAUAAUCUAUAGUAUAUUAGUGUACUUUUUAUGUUGGGAAACCGUUUACAUUUUAUUGUGUUCAAGUGCAAUUUUUAUGUCUAAUCACUGUGACUAAGCAACCUUUCAUUACAAUUAAGUGUUACUACUGUAUUUUUCACAUACUUGUAUAAAUAUUUUUGAUUAUUUGA